UUGCAGGAGAGUACGAGUCGUUGAUACAUUGACACGCAUGACACGGUUGAAGAACUUGAAGUACGUAAGAAAAGGGGAUUUUUUCUUGUCGUCCUCUGAGAUGAUGUUUCUAAGCAAAUCUCUUAACUUUGGAGGCCUGUCAAGACUGAAAGCUUAAAAUGAGCCAUUCUAGGAGGCAUGUUCUGUCGCCAGACAUUCCAGACUACCAGGGCAAGAGGGCGUCUGUACCUUACGCACCCAGCAAAGAAGAGCUGGUAGAACUAAGACUUGGCAGACAACUGUCCACAAGCCAACCGAAGCUGCCAAGCAAAAGUUGUAGCUCAGUGGAAAGCUUGCUUCCAAUUGACAGACCGCGCUCCAAUAGUCUCAUUCGCAUUGCUGACGUCAAACGGAACCUGAGUGCCAGCAAUCUUGCAGCUCUCUCGGACAGCAAUCUGUCCAUCAAGAAAGCCUUGCCCCAGCGCAGCUACGAUGCUCCUAACUCCUCAGGUUCAGCGGCCAAACGCCUCUUUGUCCAACUAGUGAAGCGUUACUACUACCAGCUGACCGAGGGAUGUGGGAACGAGGAUUGCCUGAACAGGUUCUGCCGUUCUUGCAAAGACGGCAUGAGAGUGUACUGUGACGUCGCUGCUAUCAUCAGCAUCAGACUUGCCUCAAGUCAAAGACAUUACUUGUGUAAAGUUGACAGCUAUGCAGACCGCCCCUUGCCUCAGGAAGUGUUCCAGCCCCCAAGCGGGGAAGCCAAGCCAUUUCUCCACACUCUCUUCUCUACGACUCCCUUCAAGUCUCUCUUCACCGCCCAGCUCCCCAAGGCAGAACCCAAACGGAAGUUGUCCUCGUCUGUUGGAAACGGCCACCCGACGGAUCAGAGCUCAAGACUUCCCAUGCCGAGUGCAAGCGGGGGUUCAAUGAACGCCAAGCCACCCACCGGAAAGAAAGGAACUAGUCCAUUGAGAUCUAAAGUCACAGGCAAAAAGGGCAAAGCCAAAUCAGAGACAAGGCAGAGUGAAGCGAGAGAUAACGGACAGAAGGGGAGAUCUGAUGACGUGGCCCUCCACAACUUGACUAGCAGCACUUCGGCAAACUUGUUGGUCGAAAGCCAAGGAUUGCCGGCAGCUGCCGUUAGAGAUGGCCUAAGUUUAGGCCAGUCAGGUAGUGCCCCCGAUCUGGUUUUGGGGGCUUCGGGUGAAUCGGAUGCGACUCACUUGUUGUCCAACGAAUUUGGCCCUGAUGAGAACGCCUUAGUCUUUCACACCAGGUCAGGGAAUACCCCCGCCGGUAGCUAUGGCAACCUGAGCAUGUCCUCGGCCGUGAGUUUCGGCAGCGGUCCACCAGACUCCUACCCUUCCAUGAACAGCUCGCCGGCGCGCCUCCUCUCCUCCCAAGAAGCCCUAGACGAGACGGAGGAUCUGAGACAUUUUGAGCGGUCUCUGUCGCUGGAGAUGUCUUGGGACGGAGUGGGAGAGUUCUCAUUAACUCACUUGACAUUGCCCAUGCUUGAGGGAGCCAUUGAGACGUACAAGAGCUCCGCCGAUCCGUCAUUUCUGAUCAACACCAUCAGGACUGUGUUUACCUCACCAGAGGCACUCAACGCAAGCUUCAGGGUGGACGAUGGGGACCCUGAUAGCCCAAUUGACCUGAUGGCGGUCCGGCAAGCCUAUGCCUUGCUCUGGACCCUGACGCCACUGGACGCAUUCCUGUCCACAAUGACAAAUGCACUGGAGAUCCUGCUGACAUCGCUGGACACGACGGUUAUACAGCCAGAUGAGAUAAACCAGAUUCUCAUUUUGCUGGAGAAUCCUUUGCUAGAGACUCCCGAACUCCUGCGCAUAUUCUGCCAUGUCAUCAUCCGAUUAUCCACCAGCACACACCAGGCCCUAGUGAGGGCGCUGUCCACUUAUGACAGGAAGCACUUCCAACGUCUGCUCCAGCUGAUCAAGAACUACCUCGGCUCAGUCUUGCGACCAAACCACCGUGUCCAUGAGAACAUCAUCUGUAUAGCCAAGGUGCUAUCUCUACUGCAUGAAGCCAGCACACUGGCAGAAACGGAAGGGAAAACAGGCCACAGCGCGGGACAGCUUGCUGUGAUGAAGGAUUACUACAGUGAACAGCUGUCAAGGAACAUGGACUACAUGGGAGAAUUCCAGAAAUGGAAACUGCGCUCUCAACAGAAGGACAAGACAGCUGUAGGCGGCAUCAGUCACAGCACCACCAGUGACAGCGGCUUCAGCAGCGCCAGCGGUAGCAGUAGUCUGAGUGAUGAGCGGGGAGCCUACAGCAGGACGCAUUCUGGCGGCGACCGGCAAGAGAUAGAGUCUCUCCUAGACUUUCCCUUCCUGUUGGACCCUGCUUCCAAGGUGCACAUCCUGCACCUGGAUGCCGUGACGCAGAUGAGACAGGAGUACCAGGCAGCCAUCUUGCAUCAAGCCAGGGUCUACCAGGCCCAGAAAUACCUCCACAAGUCCAACAAGGAUGCCCUGAAAGAUUCCAUCAAGGCUGCCAUGUGCCCGUUCCUGGUCUUGGAGGUGCGCAGGGACUCCCUGGUCCGGGACACCCUGGCCCAGAUGAGGCUGAAGCGGCGUGACCUCAAGAAGCCGCUCAAGAUCAAGUAUGUGGGCGGCGGGGAGCAGGGUUUGGAUAUGGGAGGUCUGCAGAAAGAGUUCUUCCAGCUAAUCACAGAGGCCGUCUUUGACCCAAAGUACGCCAUGUUCACGGUCCUGGAAGAGUCCAGAACGCUCUGGAUUAACGGGGGCUCCUUGGAAUCCGGGGAUGAGUUUGAACUAGUUGGCUCCCUCCUGGGCCUUGCCAUCUAUAACGGUAUCAUCCUGGACGUCCAUUUCCCUACGGCCAUCUACAAGAAACUCCACAGCAAGGUGAUGGACCUCCAGGACCUAAUGGAGAUCCAGCCCUCAGUGGGCCGGGGCUUACAGGAGCUGUUGUCCUACCAAGAGGAGGAAGAUGUGGAGAACGUUUUCUGUCAAACCUUUCAGAUUUCUUACACCUUAAUGGGGGAGGUGGUCACAGUGGAUUUACUACCAGAGGGUUCCCAGAUUCCCGUCACCAAUGAGAAUCGCAAGGAGUACGUGAAGCUCUACGUCCAGCAUGUCCUGGUUGACAGUGUAGCUCCACAAUUUGAGGCCUUCGCCCGUGGUUUCCACACAGUCUGCGGCGGCUCGGCGCUGCGCCUGUUCCAAGCCGCUGAGACAGAGAUGCUUGUCUGUGGGAGUCCAGAACUAGACUUUAUGGCUCUCGAAGCCUCCGCUACAUACGAGGAUGGCUACUCAAGACAACACCCAACCAUCAAGGCGUUUUGGACAGUAGUUCACUCUCUCAGCAAAGAGCAGAAAAGAAAACUCCUGCAUUUCAUCACGGGAAGUGACAAGGUUCCCUUGAAGGGUCUGUCCAGCCUUCCAAUCGUCAUCCAGCGGAACGGACCGGAUUCCGACCGCCUGCCCACUGCCAUGACGUGCUUCAACCGCUUGCUUCUACCCGACUACAGCUCGGGAGAAACGCUCCGUCAGAAACUCCUUGUAGCCAUUGAGAACAGCAAGGGGUUUGGGCUGACGUGAGCAGAGAUGACCACCAAACCAGCGUGUUAUCCAACUGACUUUAAUCACAAGUUAGCCAUAUUGAAUUGAAAGCGAGGUUAACUGUUUUUAUUUCGGGAACCCCAGAAUAUAUCCGAAAGCAGUGAAAAAAAGUCCAUUGCAGAUUAAUUUCAUUUACAAGAAUAAAUAAUUCAAAACGCAAUUCAGUAUAUCUAAAUUUUUAAAGCAACAUUUACAAUAAAAUGAAAAAGAGCCAUGCAAUCCCAAAUAGUCUGGCACCAUCCUAUUUGAUAAAUUACACUGGAUGAGAUAGAUGCAGGGAGCAAGAUCAAGAUGGCUUCCUUGUGUAUAAAGUCUGCAUGCAUGCACUUGUCACAACAUGGUCUGAUGGCGCACUACUUGAAUGGUAUUUGUUGUAAUUUUACCAGGCACGUAACUUAAUUCAUAGAUCACCAAUGCAAAGUUCUCACCUUUUUAUUCAUUGGACAAGAUACGAAAUUUCAAUGAGCAAAUGUUUUUUAUAGAGCGAGGCACAAAAAUGGAUCCAUUAAUGUUAUUCUUUCAUUUGUUGCCAAUACGAGUCUAUUCCUGGAUGUUAGAGACGACAAUCAUGUGAUGACUUUCCUUGAUUUGGACCAUUUUUCACACUUCCGCCGAGUCUUGGACACACAAAAAGCCAUUGUGCUUGUGUGAUUAAAUUCGAAGGGUUGUUCGUGAGAAAAUCUUGUCCUACAAGCUAACUUAUUCAAAGAUUUACUUUCUGAUUUCAUAAGUUCUAAUAAAAAAGAAUUUUCUACUGUA